AUGUCGAUCCCUACUAGGAUGUGUGUAAGCCUACUCCUCUCAACCUUGGAGACUACUAUCGUUAGUACGGCUCUUGUUUCAAUCACAAAUGCCUUGGAUGGCUUCUCUCGACGAGACUGGAUAGUCACAUCGUAUCUGCUCACCUAUACGGGCUUUCUUACGAUCUACGCCAAAUUCAGUGACAUCUUCGGCAGAAAGGUUCUCUUCCUGCUGGGUAUCGGUAUUUUUGUUGUAUUUUCGAUAUUAUGUGGCGUGAGCCAGUCCAUCCUGACCUUGAUCGUACUCCGGGCUUUUCAAGGAUUGGGGGCAUCUGGGAUCUACUCUAUGGUCAUGGUCAUCACCCCGCAAGUUGUGCCCCGUACUGAAGUGGCUAAAUACAUGGCGAUAAUGUCCUCGGUCUUUGCCCUAUCAAGUAUCCUAGGGCCAGUUCUAGGGGGUAUCAUCACUGCCCACCCGGAGAGUUGGCAAUGGGUGUUUUAUCUCAACGGCCCGGUUGGAGCGAUAGCUUUCUUGUUGAUCGUGAUAUUCCUCCCCUCGACUCCGACGGACACGGCCAUGUUUGGACUGUUCUAUGGGAAAGUCCCCAGGCGGAUCGGGCGCCGGGUCGAUGUGGCUGGGGCUCUGCUCCUCCUCGCGGCCAGUCUCUUCCUCGUCUUUGUCUUCGAGGAAGCAGGCUCUCGCUACGCCUGGGCUUCAGCUAUCAUCAUUGCUAUGUUGGUGCUUGCAUGUAUCUGCUGGAUUCUCUUUCCGGCUUGGGAAUACUACCUGCAGCACAAGCAAGCUGUCCAGGAGCCUAUCUUUCCUGUCCGCCUGCUCAACAAUCGUGUCAUGGUUGGGAUGAUGCUCUAUGGAUUUUUCACCGGCUUUCCCUUCAUGGCGGUUAUUGUCAACCUUACCCAGCGCUUCCAAGACGUGAACGGGGUGUCAUCAUUGCACGCAGGCAUCUAUCUCCUGCCGAUGCUGCUCUGCUCUCCGCUCGCCAGCGGUGCCAGCAGCUUCAUCGUCUCCAAGUUGAAAGUCGCGCCAUUCUAUCUUAUCGCAGGCGCAGCGGUGCUGCAGCUUGUCGGCGUGUGUCUGGUAGGCACCCUGGCCUCAACACCUCUAAUCCUCCAGCGCCAACAGUUCGCCUACGAGGUGAUCCUGGGCUUAUCGUUCGGCACGGGGCUCAGCAUGUUGCUUGUCCUAGCCGCACUAACCGUCGCGGAGAAGGAUAUGGGCGUGGCAAUGGGGGCGUUGACCCAGAUCCGCGUGUUGGGUGGAACGCUGGGGCUGGCAAUCUGCUCAACGGUAUUCAGCAACUACACCAGUUCUCGACUGAUCAACGUCGUGGACGCGGCUACCUUGCAGCAGAUAUCGGACUCGGCAACGUACAUCAACUCCCUGGCGCCGGCAGAACAGGCCGCAGUGCGAACAGUGUAUGCACAGGGGUACGCGCUGCAGAUGCACGUCAUGGCUGGAUUCAGCGGGCUAGUUGUUCUCUGUUCAGCAUUGAUAUGGCAGCGGAACCCGCGGUUUACAUUAAGCAGUACUUAG